AUGUCAGCAGUAUCGACAGCGCACCGCAGGCGUCGCCGCACGAUUGAUUUGCGCGACCCGAGUCAGACUUCAUUCGAAUGCCAGGUUUGCAAUCGACAGUAUGACCGUGCAGAUCACCUGGAACGGCAUUUAGACUCACAUCGUAACGUGCGACCAUUUCGCUGCGAAAACUGUCCAGCGGCCUUCAAUCGCAGGGAUCUACUCCUACGACAUCAGACGAACCACGAAAAGAACGCCGCCAAAGGCCAGAUCGGCCACUACAUCGCGGACAGAGCAGUGAAAGCUUGCGACGCGUGUGUGCUGUCUAAGGUCAAAUGCGAGAAUUCGAGACCUUGCCAAAGGUGUGUGAAGAAGGUAAACAAACACCGAAUACAACUUGCAGAAGGGAACCAUUGCUUGCUUGGCUACUUCAUACAAUACCCUGUCUGA